AUGUCUCAAUCACUUCAUUUACCAUCACCUUCCAAUCCAACAUCACCUUUACCUAAACCACCUAGAUUAUUACCUCGAUCACCUUCUGAGCCAUUGGGUUUAUCUGGCCAUUCCAACCUUCACGCAUCUGGUGGUGCCAGUGGUGCCGGUGGUAGAGGAGGGGGUAAUGCCUCUAAUCGUAAUCAACCUAUAUACGUGUUGACUGCCGAUGGAUCAAGUUUAUUCUUGUUAGAUCCAAGUAAACCGAGAGGUGGUGAAGAACCUCCUCCAUACGCUUCGUUCCCGAUUUCGCCCAACGCAAACACGAUCGCAAACGCCAAUCCAAAUAUAGAAGAUGUCACCACUCACUCAAUCGCACAUGGACAUGAAAAUGAUAGGGGCAGAACGCAAUCUCACCAUGAUAAUACAAAUAAUAGUAAUAAUGAAAAUGGUCAUUCUCGGAAUAGAGCAAGGACUCUUUCUGCUUUAAAUACAAACACGAACACGAAUACAAGUAUAAAUACAAAUAUUGAUAAUAGACCAAGAUACUCUUCAAGUCAAUCAUAUAACAAUCAUCAUAAUAACAGACGCACAAGAUCAAUUAUAUCGAAUCGUACCACACCUGAAUUCCACACAAACCAUAUGAUGCCCGAUGAGAAUACACCGUUAUUACCUACGAUGUCACCUUCGUCGCUUAUCAUGGCAUCCGGAUCAGGAAAUGCUGUGAUGCAAGAGAAGAAAAGAGGUUUGUGGAGAUCGGUUUGGUGUGGUGAUCUAGAUAUUGAAGAGGAAGAUCAGUAUUAUCCUGGAGGCGGAGGAUGGAAAAUAGGGUUUAAAAGGUUUUGGAGACCUUUACGUAGAAGUGUAUAUUGGAGAUCUGUUUCUCAUUUGAUUUUUCUCAAUUUCCCUUUUGCUCUCUUCGUCUGGCCGUUCUUGGUCGCUGGAACUUUGGCAGGAACAGCACUUCUCAUCACUCUACCCCUAGGAGCUGCCGUUUGGUGGUUGACACUGUUCAUCUCUCGUUCUGCUGCUAGGCUUGAAAGUAUCAUGCAGCUAUCUUAUCAUUCACCGUUAACACCCGCAUCACCACCAUCUUAUCAUCCGAUAUUUUAUAGAUUAGUACCACGUUCACCUCCUCCUUCACCAUUAUCUUCGCCGACAUCCCCAUGGCCCGAAACACCAGGGAACGAAACUCCUCCUCCUCCACAUGAUACAGCAGAGACCGAAACAGGAACAGACCCUGCAACUUUAGCUUUAGCUUCAUCUGGGAUAUUAGGUCCAUCAGGUGAAAUCCUGAUCUGGGAAAAAAGGUUUAUGAAAUGUUCUUAUGCCAUGUUUGGUGAUCAUUAUUCUUAUUCUGCUUUAUCUUAUUUCUUGUUAAUAAAACCCAUCAUAACUCUUUUCUCAACUAUUGUGAUUAUUGUCUUGUUGCCCAUAGGUGUAGGAACGAUCAUUGGUCUACCUAUUUAUUUUAGGUUGAUGAGGAGAUGGGGUAAAUGGCAAGCGGAAGUUGCUAUUGAGAACCUGUAA